AUGCACCACAACGCGUUCUACGGUCCAGUUGAGGAACCUGAUCAGGACAAUGUUAAAUAUUUUCCUGAGUUGCGAAUUCUGGAUCUAUCUUUGAAUCGUUUCAGAGGCAAGUUUCUAUCUCAAAAAAUCUUUUCCGGGAAUGUCAUGAGGGGUGUCACUCGAAACCAGCCAACAUAUAUGAUGGUAGACAGAACUAUGGAGACUCCUAGUCUUGAGCUAAUCUUUUAUGAGUAUUACUCAAUCGCGAUAACUAGCAAAGGUGUGGAGAGAUAUUAUCCGAAGAUUCAAGAAGCCCUUGUAGCGAUUGACAUCUCAAGCAACAAAUUUGAAGGGAGUAUUCUUGAAAUUAUUGGGAACCUAGAGGGGUUGGUGUCAUUCAAUAUGUCUGGUAACCUCCUAACUGGUCCCAUCCCAUCAUCUUUCGGGAAUUUAAGAUGGCUUGAAUCACUGGACCUUUCACACAACAAGCUUUCAGGACAAAUCCCUCAAAGCCUCACGUAG